AAGUCCCCGAAGCAGCAGCAGCCACUUCUCUGGUGGCGAACACAGGAGGAGCUCGCGGCACAGAGAGGCACCAUGAGCUGGUUUCGGCCAAACCGCAGUUAAAAGCGAGGCGGAGGGGAGGACAUGCUGGCUCACCCGGGGGGCACCGUCCCGCGACUUUCUCACAGUGCAGGUGACAGGAACGAGCCUCCGGCCGCCUGAGAGAUGUCUGAGGGAGACGUCACAGUGCUGCCCCUUGCACCCGCGUCCCUGGAUCUGUCCAGGCAGGAGCCCAGGACGCUGACCCGGCUCUACUGCCAGGGCGGAGGACACCACCUGAGGAUCUCCCCGGACGGAACCGUGAGUGGUGGGAGGCAGGAGAAAGACCCCUGUGACGUGCUCAGGCUGAAGGCUGUGAGCGUGGGAGUGGUGGUCAUCAAGGGUGAGAUGACAGGACGGUUCCUGGCUAUGACCAAAAAUGGAAACCUCUACGGAUCACAAACCCUGAACGACGAGUGUUACUUCGUGGAGAAGUAUGAGGAAAACCACUACAACACAUAUUGCUCUCAGAAGUACAACUGGUAUGUUGGGCUGAAGAGGAGCGGCCGACCCAAAGCAGGACCAGACGCCCACUGGGGUCAGAAGGCCGUCUUCUUCCUGCCAAGGCCUGCAGGCAACAUGUAAAGUGUUUCCCAUUUAAAGGUCAAUCAAUUACAUGAAUACAGCAGACUGGGGAAGCCUGGGGCAAACACAUAAUACUGUUUUAUAGAGCUCUGCUUCAAUAUUAAUAACCAAUGAAUUAGUUUAUUCCACUUAUUUAUGCAGGGAUUGUGUUACCAGGCCAUUCCAGCUCAAGUAAAGAGUUCAUAUAUUGAAUACUUUCUGCUCCUAAUCACACAUACACCCACUCACAAGCAGACAGCAAAUGUGUGUAGUAUCAGUUCGUGUCAGUCUUGAUAAAUGAGUGUUUACUUUGAACUGGGGUAUGAAAUACCACUGCUGGAAGACAGCAAUGGACCGGUUUAACAAAGACAUAGUUCUACAGUUGGUCACGUCUGGCCCAAAGGAAACCAUCAAAGCAACAAACAAAAAAAUGCCCACCAUCUGGCUUUGAAUUCAAAACUUCAGCAAGCAGAUUUUUUUUUUAGAAUAUUAGUGUCAUAAUUAUUCCAGUUGCUCAACAACAGGCCUCCUCCAAUAGGGUAGUUGGCGGUUGACUGGAUGACAAACGUCAAUGUUUAAUCACCAUUCCCGUGAAGGAACGUCAGCAAAUUUUUUUCAAAAGCUCAAGUUUCUUCACUUCAGGUCAACUGUGUGGGAAUUUUUUUUUUGUGUGUCCCCACAACAGUUGCUGAAGUGAUGCUCUCAUUAGCCAUGACAACACAACAAUAUUUGAAUGGUUACAUGAUUAUAUCAUAUUACUAUUAUGUUGUUGUUAUGUGCCCAGGUCAGCUGACAGUCUUCAGUUGUAGCAAGGCAAAUGUGAAAACUUUCUUUCAGUAGUCGAUGAACGUAUUAAGGAGUUGUGUGUUCAAAAGAGGGGAGGAACAAAAGGAAGAUGCUCACGUUGGAUGAUUUGAUGUUAGUUAUGAGAAAAAAGAGACAGACCAAACACUGACCUUUCUGACCCACAGGGUUUCUGCGAGCUAAUUCGCUCUUCUUCUUUUUGAUGAAACACAUGUUGCUGAAACAUUAAACUGGGUCUAAUUACUUUUGUGAAUAUUUAUUUAGAACAUAUUAUUUCUACUCUAAGAUUUACGUUGUGAUAGUAAUAUACAUUUUCAGAAUAAUUUAUACAUAUACACAUAUAUAUAUUGUAUAUAUAUAUAUAUAUAUAAAUAAAGGUAAUGCUUCCAUAUGUUCACCUUUGUAUUGUUUUUAAAUAUAUGAAAUAAAAUGUGCAUUAUCAUCCACUGUA